GUGCAGACUGGGAGGAAAAAGGCCGAAAUCAUAUCGGCUGAUUGUCUUCUUCUCCUCAUCGGAGCCGGUGCCAGGCUGGAAAAGCUCAGCUCAAACCCGACCUGCCACUUCUGACCCGUUUCUGCAGGAGUUAUACGUGGCAGAUCAAUUAGCAUGUCUUCCUCAUAAAGCUAAAGCCAAAGCUUACCUGCCACAGCAAAGAGCAGCCGAGUCUAUAUGAAUCUGGUCAUGGCCCACGGCUCCAGCAUCCAGUAUGAGCCGGUGGCAGAGAUCGGAGGCGGCGCUUACGGGACAGUUUAUAAGGCCCGAGACACGGAGAGCGGGAAGUUUGUGGCUCUGAAGAGUGUGCGUGUCCAGACAGACCAAAAUGGCCUCCCGCUCUCCACAGUCAGAGAGGUGGCUCUAUUAAAAAGGCUUGAGCAGUUCGACCACCCCAACGUGGUCAGGCUUAUGGAUGUAUGUGCCACCCAGAGGUCAGACCAGGAGACGAAAGUCACUCUAGUGUUUGAACACGUGGACCAAGACCUCAAGACAUACCUAGAGAAGGCCCCAGCUCCUGGAUUAUCCCCUGACCGCAUAAAAGACUUGAUGAGGCAGUUGCUGUGCGGUGUUGCAUUCCUUCACUCUAACCGCGUCAUGCACAGAGACCUGAAACCAGAGAAUAUUCUGGUAACCAGCCAGGGCCAGGUAAAGCUGGCUGACUUUGGACUGGCCAGGAUCUACAGCUGUCACAUGGCCCUCACUCCUGUGGUGGUGACACUGUGGUACCGAUGCCCGGAGGUUUUGCUGCAGUCGAGUUAUGCUACGCCUGUGGAUAUCUGGAGCACCGGCUGCAUCUUCGCUGAGAUGUUCAGACGCAAACCUUUAUUCUGUGGAGACUCAGAAGUGGACCAACUUGGGAAAAUUUUUCAAGUUUUUGGAUUGCCAACAGAGGAGGAGUGGCCGACUGAUGUUACACUUUCAAGAAAAAACUUCCCCCCUCUCUUCCCUCGACCAAUCACUGACUUUGUUCCAGAGAUAAAUGAGCAGGGGGCGCAACUUUUGCUGAAAAUGCUAACCUUUGACCCCUUCAAACGAAUAUCUGCCUUAAAUGCACUAGAACAUCCAUAUUUCCGGGAUGAGGAGACAUUGACUCAGACAAAAAGCUGAUAUGAUGCAAUGAAACAUGCAGCAAGAGGUAACCUGUGUCUAAGUUCAGACCUGGCCUAACCAUAAAAGAUUAAAUUUCAGUCAGUGCCAUGCCUUUUCAAGACAUCUGGGUUAUUCUUUGGGAUCUAUUUUAUUAUUCCUGCAUCACAAAGGAUUGAAAGAAGCCUGAGAAAUGAAGAGGAACGAACCGUGUAUAUGUCACAAUUAAUGAUGUUAACAUGUCAUGACUUCAAGGACAGUACCAGUGUUUUUGAUGUUUGCUUUCUGCAUCAGUCCUGUCAGCAGAGACUCAUCAAGAAACAUCUGUCAUCUACUCUGAAAUGUUGCUCUUGUUAAUUUUGUACAGUGUUUAGACAGAAGGAACAAGAGAUGUUGUAUUUUCUUGUUACAGGCUCAAGAAAGUCUGAAAGAGUCAGCUGUCCUGUCAGCUAGUCAUUAGUGGUUUUACUGUAUUUGUGUUCAUAUUUAUCACACAGAAGCAACAUAAUAACAACAUAAGCCUCUGACAGAAAUAAACCUGUAUUGUAAUUAUUGAACAACUGUAUUUAAUGAGAGGAACCAAGUAUAAGAAGAAAAACGCACAAAGAUGCACAUGAAAGAAAAAGAAAUAGUUAGUUACAAGACUGAAGGGCUUAACUUCAUUUUUCUGUUUUACAUUUAUGUGUGUUGCCAAAACCAUCUGAACUCAAUCAGUGCUGCAACUACAAAUAUUAUAUUAAUGGCAGUCCAUAUUAAAUCAAUACAUGUGAUCCUACUAAACUGAAAUGGACUAAAAUUGUUGAAUAUAUGAUGAGCUAUAUGAAAUAUGAACAAAAAUAAAAAAGAGCAAGUAGCCUUACUACACCUGCUUUUUGUCCUGUAAAAAUGACCAAAUAAACU